GUCUCAGAUAUUCUUGAACGGAGGGAGUAAUAAUUUAAGUUCAUUAAAAUCUAGAUGAAGAAAACAAGUCCAAGGGUUAAAACAAUACUUAAAUCCACUGGGCUCACCUAAGUUUCCACUUUCAAAGCCCAAAAUACAUAAAAGGCCAUAAGCCCAUAAAAACUUAAAAUUUCGAAAGAAACCGCCAUAAAACAAUCCGACGCCAAAAUUCACUAAUUUUCAGCCUCUCUCCUACUCCCGCCAUACUCCUCAUUUUUCAACUUUUCCCCUUUUUUUCUCUCUCCUCACUUCGAUUCUUCGUUCCCUUUUCACCGCUGCCAAUUUCUUACUUCUCUCUAAAUUUCUGCUUCAAUUUCAAGGUAUGAUGUUCUUAUUUAUCUGUUUCUUUAAUUCUUUCUCCCAUUUUCUCUAUCUCUGUAUUAGAUUAGAUGGUUUUUUUUUCCUAUUUAUCGCUUUAAUUAAGAAUUUUUUUGUUGGAAAUUGAAUUUCUGGGUUUAAUCUUGUGGAAUUUAAUAAAAUCUUUGUUGAAAUUGAUAGUUCGAUUGAAAGUGUUAGUGAGUAUAUAUAUAUUAGUAUUUCAGAGAUUGAGAUUUUUUUUUUUUUUUUUUCUAUUGAGAAUCGUAAUUUUUGAUUCUGACGAUUGUUUGGUUUGCGAAAUCGUCAGUUGUGGAAACCCUAAUUUUGUUGCUGUUUCGCAACUAUUGGUAUUUGUAAAAUGUGAAAUGCGAAAUUUUGGUUGUUUUUGUUGUAUUUAGUAUUAGAGGCAAUCGAAUUACACUACAUACAUACUAGAAGUAUUAAUGAUUGGGUAGUGAAGAACUAAAAUUAGGGUUUUGAUUGCGUAAUUCGUCGUGCUUUUUUGUUGUUUUGACUGUAUACAAUGGUAUAUUUAGCUCGGAAUUUGUGUUGAAGGAUGUUUAAGGUGUUCUUAGAAGCAAUUUUUAGCGCAUCGUUUUUCAUCACUCUAGAUUGUAGAAAUCGACAUACAAAUGUAAUACUAACAGGUUUGAUUGAAGAAGUCGUAUGCAAUUAAACUAUAUCAACGAAACUGAUUUGAUUUUGUGAAAAUGUGCCAACUUUGUAUAAUAUGGUAUGCCCUGAUAAAGUGAUAAUUAUGUAUAGGAACUAAAUGAUCUUAGUUUCAGUCAUCAGGAAAUUGAAGUUGAGAUGAAGUCCUCCAAACAGCCGAAAGAGAAGGCGGAACAGGUUGCUAUACAAGGAAGCAUCAGCAAGAGUCCCACAGGAAAAAGAAGAGUUGGAAAGGAUGUACGCUCCACAGUUUGUAGAGUUCUCCCGCAACAUGGUGACUGCAAUGCGGUUAAUGGCCCUAUUCUAGGAACAGUUAACCCAGUGUCUUCAGACAUCCAGCCAGCAAAUGAAAUAAUGCUACAACCUCCAAAAAUUGUACUGCAGCUUUUCCCAAUCAAUGACAGAAUUCGGGUGGGAUUGGAAAAGGAUGGCCAUAAUCCAUUUUUGGAGCUAACUCUCAGUGCAAGGAAGAAAAUAUCCUCUGUGCUGAAACACCUUUUCAAAAAAUGGGGCUGUUCUAGCAUUGCAAUGGGCGAGCUGAUGCUAUUUCCCUUCAACGUUUCACCAGAAAAUUUGACUAGUUGUACAAGGUGGACUUCAAAUGACACUGGCGUUAGUGCAGGAUAUGUUCAUGCUUUGCUUGGGAGCCCAGAAAUUUUCCGCUUAAGGUAUGGCUGGGUUUCCUUUCAACCCAACAGCUCUCCCUUACACUGUACCAGACUUGAUCAUGUAGAAAAUGUUCGUUGCCAUACCAUGGAGGAUGCUUUUGGUACUAGGAAUGAAGUAUGUGAAACGAGUAAAGUGCUGGAGCCAUGCAAUGAGAAUGAUUUUACAGAUUUGGCAGUUAGGCAGCCAGUUUCAUCUAAUACUUUGCAUCAGGUAGCUCACAAUAAUCAAGAUGAGGUGAAAAGUGAAGACCUUAAGCCAAUCAGCUCCAGAAAAAUAGAAAAUGAUACUAGAGCUGAAGAAGACCCUUCAGCCGAACCAUUCAAACAUGAGGAGCCAAAGCUGGAUACCAACCUUUCCAUGACAUCACCGCUGUGGUCGGAUUUAAGUAAUAUUAGCAUAGGAGGCCUUCUGUCUGAAAUAUCUAUGCAGGGAAGAUUUAGCACUGAAGAUCCAAGAUCAGGUGGUAGUAGAUUGGUAUCGCAACCUACUGUGGCAGACUCACUAGAUGCAUUCAUUGAACAAUUUAAGUACCCUCAAUCUUCAACUAUGUCUAAUUCUGAUAUGCCCUCAUCUAUUCUGGAUGCCGAAAGCACAUGUCAUUCAUUUGCAUUUUCAAAACCAUCAUCCUCCAGCAAAGACUUACCACCUACUCCUGGGAGAAGGGCCUUUUCUGGGUUAUCUGGCCACAAUUCUGCUUCUGAGUCUUUUAAGUGUCUCAAGUCUGAGCAGGUCAAUACACAAAGUGAUCUAUUGGGAAGCGACAAUGUUCAGGAACCCAAAACGGAUCCCCUCCCUUGCUCAACAGGAGUAUUUAACAACGAGAACAGCCUUGGUUUAUCCAGUAUUAGAUGGAAUGACUCGUUGGGACCCUUUGAUCUUCCCUUAGCAUCGCGGCAGAUUAUAAAAGAUGACAAUUUAAGCAUUGGAGGAUUUGUCAGAUAGCAACUUCGAUCUUCAGAUGCUUCUGGACUCGACUUUGGUAGGUACUAGUUGAGCAUGUGGUUUAUAAUUCAAUUAAUACCAUCUUCAAGUCGUAAGCAGAAGGACUUCCUGGUUCAUACGAAGCUGUCCUGUGUUGUUGUUUUGGCCUGCAUACUUAAUUAGGUGGUGUUUGCAGACAUCGAAGGCCCACCGGUACCUUACAGGCAUGCAUCUGAUCUGCUAUUGUGUCUUAAGAUGGGUGUUGAUAGCUGUUAAUAAUAUUUGUACAGAUCUAAUAGUUGGUCAUCUUCAUGUCUAGAGUUUUAUAGACAUAAAACACCUUCAUGUGGUAGUAGUUAUAUUGCAUAAUUCUUUCAUCAAUGAAAGUACACCAGCUUGUUCUUGGAGUUGUACCAA